AUGAAAUUAUUGAUAUUAUUAUUAGUGUUAUCAAGCAUUUUAUGUAAACAACAUAGACCAAUGGCAGGUGGUAAAUUCAAACCAGAUUCAAAUGAUUAAGGAUUGGGAUAGGCAAUUGCAUUUGCAAAAUAAAAUUUUAAAAGUUUAAAUUGUUUAGAUAAUAAUUAGCAUCUUGUAGUGGGACUUCUGGAUAUUCAUGGGAUAAAAUAUUAAAUGUGGAAUAAUAAAUAGUAAAUGGAAGCAAUUAUUAUAUAUCAGCUUAGUUGAAAAAUGGAGAAUAAACAAAAAAAGUUGAAAUUGUAGUUUAUAUGCCUGCAUCUCCCCCAGGAAUAAGAAUAACAUCAUGCUCAGUAAUUUGAAAUAUGUCAU